UUAUCAUCCAACAUUGUGUUAAAAACGUGGGUAGGAAGGAGGCGUGUGUUUCACAGCGAGGAUUUACAGGAACUACCGGUAAACUGCACGAAGCAAGUCUACGAGACGUAAUUGUCUUUUUCCUGAGUGACGUUGCUAAAUCUCUGUAAAGAUGGCAUGCAUUGACGGGAAAUGGUUUCGGGAGGAAAAUGACAUGUGGGCCGGGUAUUCACAGUCUUAUCAGAUCGAAGAAGUUUUGCACCACGCUAAAUCCAAAUAUCAAGAAAUCUUCGUAUUCAGGAGUAAAUCUUUCGGGAACGUGCUGGUUCUAGACGGUAUAGUACAGUGUACGGAGCGAGACGAAUUUGCCUACCAGGAAAUGAUUGCACACCUACCCCUCAACUGCCAUCCUAACCCGAAAAAGGUUCUGGUGGUCGGAGGGGGUGAUGGGGGCGUCGUUCGCGAAGUCCUCAAACAUGACGUACAAAGUGUUGUCCUGUGUGAGAUCGAUGAGCAAGUGGUUGAGGUGAGUAAGAAGUAUCUACCGGAGAUGUCCAAAUGCUUCGGAGACCCAAGACUGCACGUGUUUAUCGGGGACGGAGUGCAAUUCAUGAAACAGAAUAAGGGAGAAUUUGAUGUGAUCAUCACGGAUGCCCCGGACCCUGUAGGUGUGGCUAAAGGUUUAUUUGAAACAGACUAUUACAACAGUAUGAAGACAGCCCUGGCCCCCGGGGGUAUCGUCUGCUCACAAGGUGAAAGCUUUUACUUCGACUUAGAGUUUAUCCAGAAGUUUGUGACGAUGGCACGCACUGCUUUCCCCCGUGUAGGGUAUGCCUACACCCUUAUGCCAAGCUACACGGGCGGCCAUAUUGGAUUCGUCAUGUGCAGCACAAGUCCAGAUUUGGUGUUUGAGGAGCCGGUCAAGUGUUACACAGAUAAAGAGAUUUGUCAAAUGAGCCUCCAGUACUACAACACACCCAUACACCGGGCAGCGUUCGUCUUACCGCAGUUUGUUAAAAAGGCACUUGAACCAGCGCCAGACACUCCUAACGGUCAGACAGACACAUGAAGAAACUCGGUGGAAAAUGUUCUUUAUUUAUCGUUUUUAUUUGUUACCGUGUGAAAUUCCAUGAUAUCCAGAUUUUAUUUCAAGCAUAUCAGACAUAUAUCUCGUGUGAAUAGUGCUCACCAAUGGUCACAGUCCGUCUUUAACUUUAUGUUGCAUAAUUAUAAGAAGGGCAAGAAUUCUUAUAAGAUUCUUCUUGGUUAGGAGUGUACCUUCAUCUGAGAAGUUCUGUAACACAGAAUAAACUAUAAUUUGUCAGAAGCCCCCAGUUACAUAAACAUUCCUUAACUAUUUUUUUCGUAGGAAAACAUUAUUGGAGUUGAUAAAAAAUUGAGUAGCUGGAGGUCCUGUUUCAGCACUUUAAAUUUUUCGAUAUUGCUGAAUGCAUAUCACAAUUGUGUUGAUGUCAUCUUUCCCCCCACAAAUAUCAGUAAUGGACUGGUGACUGCGUCCCUGAAGUGUAUUUAAGAAAUGUGACGGGGACCACCAAGUUCAAACUGUUUUACAAUAAUACCAGUAGAGAAAUAGAUUUUAUACUAAAGUUUAUUAUAUAGCCACGAACGUAUGAUAUCCUUAAAUAUUAUAUAUGGUAUAUUUCCUGCUUUAUUAAAGGGAAACUACCACUAUGGAAUAUAUAUAUAAUUUAUGAAGCAUACUAAAACUGGUCAAUUAAGGCACUGAAACUGGUCACUUAAGGCACAAAAACUGGUCACUUAAGGCAUUGAACCUGGUCACUUAAGGCAAAAGGUCCUUCAUUUCAGAUGUACUUAUGGAAUAUCCAAAAUUAUUAAGAAUGUUCAUAAAAAAUCGCAAAGAAACAUUCGUAAAACUAGGGUCUGGUUGUGUCUCCCUGAUAUUUCACAAUUGAUUGUUAAUAUUAAUUCAAUGUGUUAAAUUUGUUGUUUUUUCGUUGUUUCCAUGUAGUCAAAACACUGUUACUAAGUAAGUAAAACUGACACAAAUAUCACAGUCAUGUCUAUAUAUAGCAGUAUACAAGUAUUGUUAACAUGUAGUCAAAACACUGUUACUAAUUAAAACUGACACAAAUAUCACCGUCAUGUCUAUAUAUAACAGUAUAUAAGUAUUGUUAACAUGUUGUCAAAAUACUGUUACUAAGUAAGUAAAACUGACACAAAUAUCACAGUCAUGUCUAUAUAUAACAGUAUACAAGUAUCGUUAACAUGUAGUCAAAAAACUGUUACUAAGUAAGUAAAACUGACACAAAUAUCACCGUCAUGUCUAUAUAUAGCAGUAUACAAGUAUUGUUAACAUGUAGUCAAAAUACUGUUACUAAGUAAGUAAAACUGACACAAAUAUCACCGUCAUGUCUAUAUAACAGUAUAUAAGUAUUGUUAACAUGUAGUCAAAACACUGUUACUAAGUAAGUAAAACUGACACAAAUAUCACCGUCAUGUCUAUAUAUAGCAGUAUACAAGUAUUGUUAACAUGUAGUCAAAAUACUGUUACUAAGUAAGUAAAACUGACACAAAUAUCACCGUCAUGUCUAUAUAACAGUAUAUAAGUAUUGUUAACAUGUAGUCAAAACACUGUUACUAAGUAAGUAAAACUGACACAAAUAUCACCGUCAUGUCUAUAUAUAGCAGUAUACAAGUAUUGUUAACAUGUAGUCAAAAUACUGUUACUAAGUAAGUAAAACUGACACAAAUAUCACCGUCAUGUCUAUAUAACAGUAUAUAAGUAUUGUUAACAUGUAGUCAAAACACUGUUACUAAGUAAGUAAAACUGACACAAAUAUCACCGUCAUGUCUAUAUAUAGCAGUAUACAAGUAUUGUUAACAUGUAGUCAAAAUACUGUUACUAAGUAAGUAAAACUGACACAAAUAUCACCGUCAUGUCUAUAUAACAGUAUAUAAGUAUUGUUAACAUGUAGUCAAAACACUGUUACUAAGUAAGUAAAACUGACACAAAUAUCACCGUCAUGUCUAUAUAUAGCAGUAUACAAGUAUUGUUAACAUGUAGUCAAAAUACUGUUACUAAGUAAGUAAAACUGACACAAAUAUCACCGUCAUGUCUAUAUAACAGUAUAUAAGUAUUGUUAACAUGUAGUCAAAACACUGUUACUAAGUAAGUAAAACUGACACAAAUAUCACCGUCAUGUCUAUAUAUAGCAGUAUACAAGUAUUGUUAACAUGUAGUCAAAAUACUGUUACUAAGUAAGUAAAACUGACACAAAUAUCACCGUCAUGUCUAUAUAACAGUAUAUAAGUAUUGUUAACAUGUAGUCAAAAUACUGUUACUAAGUAAGUAAAACUGACACAAAUAUCACCGUCAUGUCUAUAUAUAGCAGUAUACAAGUAUUGUUAACAUGUAGUCAAAAUACUGUUACUAAGUAAGUAAAACUGACACAAAUAUCACCGUCAUGUCUAUAUAACAGUAUAUAAAUAUUGUUAGCUUCAUGGAAUAUUAUCGUGAUCUGUUGUAAGGUUAUGAUGACUCCAGUUUACGAGAACAGUGAUUACUGAGUGAUUGUCAAUGUAUGUUAUCGCCACUUGUCAAACAUUCUGUUGCUUAUUCUAUAUAUCCAAGGACGAAAAACGAGCUCCAUGUAGUGGCCAUUAGCUACAUAUUUCAGGGUGUAGAUGGGCUGUAAAUAAUGUGCAUGCAAAGUUUAUUGUGGAACCAUCCUAGCGAUGGCUUGGCACGAUCCUUCAGAGAGAAAAAAUGAAUUCUAGAAAGUAUGUAGUGCUAUGACAGAAAAAAAGAGCUUUUAAGUUAUUCUUAGUUUAUUACUAAACUUUUGCUUCUUUUUAGAAUUUCGGAAACAAAACAAAAUUUAAUUGUUAUUGAUAUUACUGAAAAGGGUUUUAGUAUAAAAAUACAAUGCUUAAUAUUAAAAUCGGCUUCUAAAAACACAAACAAUACUUGGUAGUUGAUAUGAAAAUCAACGGUUUAUUUUAACAAUUAAAAUUUUGUAAAAUUUAUAAAAAAAAAAAACGCCACUUAAUUUUACUUGAUAUUAUUUAA